AUGACAGGGGUUGAUGUUCAAAGUCCUCUUCUUGGAGAAACAACUUGUCGUUCUUUAAUGCAGCAAUUGCAGAAAAUUUGGGAUGAGGUUGGUGAAAAUGAUGAGGAAAGGGAUAAGAUGCUUCUUCAGUUAGAGCAAGAGUGCUUGAAUGUGUAUAAAAGGAAAGUGGAACAGGCUGCAAAAUCAAGGGCACACCUGCUUCAGUCACUGGCAGAUGCUAAACUUGAAUUCUCCACUCUUCUUGCAUCCCUUGGAGAGAAAUCCUUUGUUGGCAUUCCUGAGAAGACUUCAGGAACCAUCAAGGAACAACUUGCUGCCAUUGCACCUGCUCUCCAACAAUUGUGGAAGCAGAAGGAGGAGAGAAUAAAGGAGUUCUCAGAUGUGCAGACACAAAUACAAAAGAUACGUGGAGAAAUUGCAGGGAGUAAUGAGCAGGCCGGAGGACAACUUGCAGUUGAUGAGUCUGAUCUAUCCUUGAAGAAAUUAGACGAAUUUCAUGAUCAUCUGCAAGAACUUCAGCACGAAAAGAGCGAGAGAUUGAACAAGGUUCUUGAAUUUGUGAACAUUGUACAUGAUAUUUGUGCUGUCCUUGGGAUUGAUUUUUACAGUACAGUCACCGAAGUUCAUCCUAGCUUAAAUGAUGCCACUAGCAUACAAUCUAAAAGCAUAAGUAACGACACACUAGCCAGGCUGGCGAAGACUGUCUUAGCUUUGAAAGAAGCUAAGAAGCAAAGGUUACAGAAGCUUCAAGAGUUAGCAGCUCAGUUAACCGACCUUUGGAAUUUGAUGGAUACAUCUGAAGAAGAUAGGAGUUUGUUUGAUCAUAUUACCUGCAACAUUUCGGCUUCAGUUGAUGAAGUGACUAUCCCAGGGGCUCUUGCUAUGUAUUUGAUUGAACAGGCUGAGGUGGAGGUUGCAAGACUGGAUCAAUUGAAAACUAGCAGAAUGAAAGAGAUCACUCUUAAGAGGCAAGGGGAGCUUGAAGAGAUUUUCACCCGUGCACACAUAGAGAUUGACUCACAGUCUGCCAGGGAGAAAAUUUUGGCUUUGAUUGAUUCUGGGAAUAUGGAGCCUUCUGAGUUGCUUGCUGACAUGGAUGCUCAGAUUGUCAAAGCAAAAGAAGAAGCUCUCAGUAGAAAAGAUAUAUUGGAUAAAGUUGAGAAGUGGAUGUCAGCAAGCGAAGAAGAGAGUUGGCUCGAGGAUUACAACAGGGAUGACAACAGGUACCAUGGAAGCAGAGGCGCACAUUUGAAUCUCAAACGAGCUGAAAAGGCCAGAAUUUUGGUCAGCAAAAUUCCAGCUCUUGUUGACACAUUGGUUGCUAAAACUCGAACAUGGGAAGAGGAACAUGGACUGACUUUUGCUUACAAUGGUGUUCCACUGCUCGCCAUGUUGAACGAAUAUGCAGUGCUGAGGCACGAUAGAGAAGAACAGAAAAGACGAAUGAGGGAUCAGAAGAAAUUCCAUGAACAGUUGAACACAGAGCAAGAAGCCAUGUUUGGUUCCAAACCAAGCCCUGCCCGGCCCCUUACUAGCUCGAAAAAGGCGGUGGCAGGCUCACGGCUUAACAGACGGCUGUCGUUGAAUCAAAACGGGGGGUCUAGGUCUGUGAAUAAAGAUGGCAAGAGGGACCACAUCAGACCCGUGGCUCCUUUGAACUAUGUGGCUAUAUCGAAAAAUGAUGCUUAAAAGUCGUCUUUAAAUAACUGAAAUAUAUCGAUAAUCAUAUAUACUGUUUCGUCUUAAUAUACUCAGCUUUUAACGGUGAAUAGCGUGACAUUGGUACCAUCCAAUGGUUAGUUUUCAUAGAAA